AUGUCGUCGCCGCCUCUGUCUUUGCCCACGAGUCGGUCACCCAACAAUCAGAUGUUUCAUGGAACCCAACAUUCCACGAUAACUGGCAAGUUCUAUAACGUGGGCCAUGACCUCAAUCAGAAUACUUAUACUACGGUUGCUAACCCACAUAAAACGCUAUGGGAUGCAAUCGCUGGCGUUGGAGCUUCCCACAAUUCUGCCUUGCAGUUUGAUCGCGGCAGCUGUCUCCCUGGAACCCGAAAAGCAGUUUUACGAGAUAUCUAUGAAUGGAGCGCCUCCACAAGUGAUUCCUCCCCCAUAUGCUGGCUUUCAGGAACUGCAGGUGUAGGAAAGUCGGCCAUCGCACUGACAGUUGCUAAAUCAUGCGCCGAAAACAAUCGACUCGCCGCCUCUUUUUUCUUCUUCAGAUCCGACCCCAAACGUAACAACCCGUCCUCCCUCAUGUUGACAAUCGCGCACGGUCUCGUUACCACGAUACCAUCGCUGCGCCCUAUCAUUCAUGAAAAGAUCACCAACGAUCCUAGGAUCCUGGAAGCCGCUUUGGAAGAACAAUUCAGAGAACUCAUUGUCUCACCGUUAUUGAAUGUCUCCCCAUCACCGAAUGUCUCCUCAUCGUCGAUUGUCCAUCCAUCAUCGACCGGCCCGCCGUCAUUGAAGGUCUCACUACCAUUGGCCACCUCCCCUUCAUUGAAUAGCUCACUAUCAUUGAUCGGCUCACUGGUAUGCUGGAUACAGAGGACGUGGAUAGAGAGAUGGCGGAGACAUGUGCUAGAACAACCAUUACCUCAGUUGGCGCCCCAGUCGGUGCAAGAACAACCAUCAUUACCUCAGUCAGUUCAGAAAGAUCCCAAGCUCGUCAUUAUUGACGGCCUGGACGAGUGCAAGGACAGCGACACCCAGUUGCGACUCAUCUCCAUACUAACAUCUGCCUAUCAACAUUCUCCUCAUUUCCCACUGCGACUUCUGAUCUGUAGCCGUCCGGAGUCAUGGAUUCGAGAGGCCUUUGAUCUUCCAAACCAGUGUAUCCUCACUAAACACAUAAAGUUGGAUGACUCUUAUUCGCCGAACAAAGAUAUCGAACGGUACUUUUGCAGCAAGUUCGCCAGCAUUCGCACGAACAUUAAAUAUAAACAGGUCGAGUUUCCCAACCCAUGGCCCUCUGAUGCCGACAUCCAGUGUUUGGUUGAGAAUGCUUCAGCGCAAUUCAUUUAUGCGACAACUGCAAUGGAAAUCGUGGAAGCGGAAUAUUCAUCCCCUAUCAAACAACUUUGCAUAAUCUUCGAUCGUCCAUCUAAUCCAAAAUCUCCAUUCCCCGAGCUUGACAACCUCUAUCAUAUAAUACUUUCUACUCAUCCUGAACGAGACAAGCUUUUCUCCAUCCUCAGUGCAAUUCUUCUACUGCCAGAGUAUGCCAAAACCCCAAAGUUUAUUGAAUUAUUACUUGGAUUCUCCUCUGGAGAAGUAGACCUUUCGUUGCGAGGAAUGCACUCAGUGCUCGACAUUCGUGGCCCAAAGGAUGAUAUUCAGGUUUACCACACCUCUUUCACUGAUUACCUCUGCACGAAGUCUCGAUCUGCCGAGUUCUACAUUGAUGAGCUUUGGCAACAUGACUUCCUUGCUUGUCGAUGGCUCACAGCUCUUGGUGAACACUGCCAGCCUCAGGUGAAGAGCUUCCAUUACCCGACUGUCGAAUCCUUCUUGGGAAAAUGGGGUGGCUUUUGCUGCUCUGCGAAACAGCCGAGCGAGCAAUUGCUAUAUGAACUUGGAUCUCUCGAUCUUCUCAGCCUCCUCGUUGCUACCAGUGUCAAUCUGCCGCGAGUUGAAAGCCUGUCGCGUGAGUCAUACGACCGGUGGGACUUGUUAUUCCGGCGUUUCUUUCAAACCAUCCCUUCCUGGUUGAAUCGAGAGGGUGUCGACCCACAAAUCAUUGAACGCUUUGUAGAUAUCCAGGAUCGUAUCCAGGUGAACCCCUCACUGGAUGAAGAAACUCGAAGUGACCUUGAAAGCUGGGUGAUCUUCAAUGUCACCGAAUGCACAUGGAGAUGUCCAUUGACAGACCGUGUCGAUGCCUCAGUGGCAAAAUUGCUCGGUAGUGAGCGGAACAGCGAGUCUUCCUCCGGUCCUCUUUCAUUAGCCGGGCCUACUAGUACUCCAGGCAUCCGCAUCGGUAUACCAUCUGGUUGCUUUCGGACUGUGAAGCACUUGUGUUAUGAUCUAGAAACCUCAAUGGCGAGAUUUCAAAAGUUGGAACCAGCUGAAAAAGACUCAGAAAUGUGGGGAAUGCAGGUGACGGUUUCCAAUUUGCUGCAAUCAACGCUGCUGGAAUCCUGUGUUCCCCAACCUGGACUUUCCUCUGAACUCCGUACAAUCUCCGACGCGGCGAAGAUGUUGUCCGAAUUUAGAAGGCAGCUUUUCAUAUCUCGGAGACGUCUAGAUGAGCUACUUCCAUGGUGCGAGUCCUUCCCGGAUGGUUAUGCUGAAUGUACAGACCUCGUCAAAAACCAAAUCUUUCCUUUUUGCUAUCUUCACGAUUAG